UGCUACGUCACCACCAGCUGCUUCACGUGCCUGGGAUGGAUCUUCUCUCUCUUGACUGACAGAUGCACAAAAUCACGUAAACAACGUUGAAACCCGGAAACAACAGGUGGAAACUCAGUGACCGCUCGUUGCGUGGGUCGCGUUUGCCGUCGUGAAUCCCAAAUGGGGGACAGUCGGCCACUCAACCCCCACGUAAACAAACGAGCCUACCCCUGGUUAAGCUAGCUGGGCUAACUGCUAGCUGCUAGCCGGGUGAUGGCAGCUCUCUCGUCUCUGCUCGGCUCCUCGGCUCGAGUCGCUGCUUGGAUUCGACCUGUUUGUAAACAGAUGGCUCGUGUGUCCUCGCAGCGACGCUACACGCGGGAAAAUUCCACCUCACCUGCUGAUCGCCUCAGUUCUGGACUCGAGACGUACAAGGACCUGCAGAAAUAUUUCAACAGGAGACUGAGGGCGAUGUACCGGAGGAUCUCCAGCACAACUGAUCACUCAGUGAUCUGUGGCCACCAUCAUGUGUAUUUCAUUGAAGGCGAUGGCAUCUACAGGAUGGACAACAGACAGAGAGACCUGGAGCCGGAGCAGGUGCUAAAUGUAGGACAAGUCUCUGGAGGAGAGGAGGAGACAGAAUCUAAGAAUGGAGAGAGGAAGCAGACGUUUCAGUGGAUCGUCCAGAGAGUACGUUUAUCCCCACAGGAGAAGCAUCUCGCUGCCACGUUAAGAGCGGCUCAUAGAGAGGAGCUGAGAUGUGUGGUUGUGAAGCUAAAGAGGGAAACGUCCACUUCUUUGGAUCCUUCACACAUCUUAACAACACUGGACAAAGUCUUCAGCUGUGAAUGGGCCACAGAUGAGAUCCUGUUCUUCACGACCCUCGAGGGCCUGCGCUGCAGCAGAGUGUCUCGUCUGGAUCUGACCUCCGAUGGAAGCAGGGCAACGUCUGUGUAUGAGGAAACACGGCCUGAUGUGUUUGUGGAGGUCACCCUUUCCAGAGACCGACAGUUACUGAGCAUCAACUGUAACAGCAGGACCAGUUCAGAGGUGCUGCUGGUCGAUACCACAACAACCAGCGUAGAGCCUCUCCUGGUUCAGCCUCGACAGCCGGACCUCUUGUACCACGUGGAGCACUGGAGGAGGAAGCUGAUCAUACUGGCCAAUACAGGACCUGGACAGGAAUAUCAGGUGGUACAAGCUCCACUCUCCAACCCCUCCAUGGUGUCCUGGGUCCCACUCUUUGCCCCUCCUUCUGGCUCUACAGUCAAAGACAUGGACGUGGUUGGAGACCACUGUGUGUUGACUGUUAGAACUCCGACCAAUGAGAUCGUCCUGAUUGUGAUCCCGCUGACUCACCCUAAGAAAGCCUACACUGUGCCGCUCCCUACCUGGGCUUGCGCCAUUCAAACCAAGAGACCAGGCUUGGCAGACCAAUGCCAAGUGUUGGAACUCCUCAUCUCAUCUCCAGUCCACCCACCGGUGCCCUACUGUCUCUACCCAGAGGACGGGCUCCUUCUAUCAGUCACUGAGGAUGGAUCCGUCCGAGAGAACCAGGAGGAUUAUACCACCUCACGUUUAGAGGCCUGCAGCCAAGACGGUACCCUGGUGCCAGUCACACUCUUCCAUGCAGUACCUGUGGAAGGUCUGAGACAGGCGCCACUGCUGACUCAUGUCUACGGAGCUUAUGGCAGAGAUCUGCACAUGGACUUCUGCCCAGAGAAGAGGCUGCUGCUGGAGCAGGGCUGGGCUCUGGCCUACUGCCACAUCAGAGGUGGAGGAGAGAAGGGUCUGUCCUGGCAAAGACAAGCUCGUGAGGAGAGGAAGCUGAAAGGAGUGGAGGACCUUCACGCCUGUCUCCAACACCUCUUCUCCUCAGGAGUCUCCUCACCCUCACUCACUGCCCUCAAAGCCUGCAGUGCUGGGGCUGUGCCAGUGGGGGCGCUGUGCAACAGACACCCACAUAUGAUGCGGGCCGUCACCCUGCAGGCUCCUUUCCUGGAUGUGUUGGGGACGAUGGAGGAUCCCAGCCUGCCUCUAACUCUGGAGGACAGAGAAGAGUGGGGGGACCCAUUAGGAAACCCCAGACACAGACUCAGCAUCUCCUCUUACUGUCCCCUUCACAACAUCACUCCUCAGUGCUAUCCAUCAAUGCUGCUGACAGCCUACAGCAGCGAUGCCAGGGUUCCUUUGGCAGGUGUCCUGAAAUACACUGAGCAGCUAAGGAAAGUCAUCCACACUCACUUCACCACGGAUCCAAAGUCGGGAUGUGAACCAGCACCAAACAUCGUUCUGAAUAUCCAACCCGGAGCCAAUCACCUCGGCCCAGACGACUUUGAGCUGAUGCUGGAGGAGGAGGCCCUGAAUCUGGCAUUUCUAUACAAAGAGCUGGGACUCGAGCCGCCGAGACGCAAGAGAAGGAAACCGUGAGGCCUUUCGAGAGGUUGUCGGGAAUCAACAUGGACUUUUUUUGUCAAAGGAAAAGACAAAGAUGGUGACUGUGUCUGUUGCGGUUCCUUUUAAUUCUCUGACAUACAUCCCUUACAGAGGAGACACCAAAGAAACAUCUUGAUUUCUACUGUGAAACUGUAAUAACUGAAUACCAGUGUCCAUUCACGUUAGCAUUUAUAAAGUAUGUCCAUGGCUCCUAAAUAACAGGCCUUCUCUGAGACGUAGCACUGUUUGGGAUGGUCGGGAUUAAACCGAGUGGGCGCGGAGAACUGAAUCACCAAACCCUCCCCCGCCUCCGUCAGGAUCCGAGACUUCUGAAGCACUUUGCCAUCGCUGACACCGCUCGUGCUCAUCAGCACCGGCAGCUGGUCCGGCAGCUCCACAAUAGACGAGAGGUCUGUGACGGCAGAUUCUUUGCCAAAGUUAAGGACCAUGAGGAAAGCUCGGUGUAGCCCGUCCAGCUCCCUGAGGUACGAGAAGACGUUGGCGUCACCGUGGAUGAAGCAGAACCACCCGCGGUGAAGCGGCAGCUCCGACUGACGCAGGGUGUUCAGGAAACGGUACUGAGACAGAACCGAGCGUCCAUCUUUCUUCUGGACCUAGGGGAGAGAGAGUGGCCGUUUUUAAAGUAAGAAACACAAGCAGCCUCUGGUCAGAUGUUCCUCCCGAGUUGAACAGAACUAAAAGAUCUCUGUACCUCCACGUUCACACUUGUGAAAUCCGGGUGAACCGGCAGCCAGGUGGCGUUGGUAAUGUUGUUGAAGCCUGCGUUCAUGUGACCACUCCACUGCAUGGGCGACCGCUGAGGGUCCCGACUGGCGCUCUGCAGGGACAACAAGCAGUUUGACUUUAUAGAGCACAGACACUUCAACCUAUACACAUGUCGGUAGAGUUUCAUUCAAAUAUGGUCAAAAUGCAACAAACUGGAAAUAAAUCCUGCCGUAAUAAAUGUUUGUCUAUUUUCAUUGUUGACAAACAUCUUGUCCUGUUGUGUCGUUGUUAUGAUUAUGCAGCAAAUUAUGCUUCAGUGUCUAGUGCAUCUACUUUAAAUCCUUGUUAGUGUGUGCAGAGUACUGACUGUGUUGUAUUUGCCAGCGGGAUCUUGGAUCUCACUGUCCGUGACAUUAAUGUUCUCCAUGCCGAUCUCCUCUCCGUAGUAGGUGGUGGGGGUGCCGGGGAGCGUGAGCAGCAGCAUGUUGAUGACACGGAUGUAGGUCUGACCAGCGCUGGUGGCAAUCCGAGGCUUGUCGUGGUUUCCCACCUGGAAACAGAGGGAGUUAGAGAGGUGCAAAGGAAAAGGUGAAACAAGUGGGGGAUGAUUUAAAGAUGCCAGAGAACAAAAUAGAUGAACGGCGACUCACCACCCAGUUGGCCCAUCGCCCAGUGGGCAUGUUGGUCAUCCACAGCUGGACCAGUUGUUGAACCCACAAGCCGCUGGUGUUCUGAGGCAGGUCCAGCAGGUAGAAGUUGAAGGGGAAAUCACUUUCUUUCACCUGCGAGGUGCCGUAGUACAUCAUGGUCUUGUCCACCUCCUGGUAAUCGUACGACUCGGUCACCAUGAACCUGGAGGCGGCAAGAAGGUCUGAUAAAAAUCAAACUGACCCACAGCCAAGCAUGGAAACUCAUCCGUUUCAACCUAUUACCUUUUAUUAAAUAGAUCUACUGACCACAUACGAUAAUAAAAAUGUCUUGUAGUGUUUUAGAUAAUCUCAAUCAGCACCAUAUUCUUCACAUACCUGUAUCUGCCAGGCUCACGGCUGUAAAGGUCCAUCUCUGCCCUCCAGUCCCUCAGGAGGUCGUGCAGCCCCACCUGACUGGUGGUGUAGUCGUGGUAAAGGUCCCACUCUGAAGUCACCGCCUCCUGGAGAGGAAGGAACAUGAAGAAAGAUAUUAUUACAUUUAGUUUCUGCAGAGAAGUAGUGUUUCAUUCCCAGUAGAGUUUCCUCCCUGAGAUCAUCAUCUCCAGUGCAUUAGUGCAGCUCAAUGGUAUUCUCCUCAGCCCACUGGGAGUUAGUGGGAACGGGAGUGUAAAUGCAUUUCUUUGUCUUUUCUUAGGCCAGAACUCAGGGAGCAGCAGCAGGACAGGUAGUUGGGAAAUAAGUGGAAACCUGAUACAGAGCGAAGAGGCCAAGUAGCGAUCGACGAGUAAUGUUGUGCAAGAAUUAUUAAAAGUUUUAUUAAAAUAAAGUUAAAGUAAAUCAUUAUGGGAAAAGAUAAACACACUCCUGGAUAUCAGUUCUCUAAAUUAUCAUCUUUUCAUCAAGAUCCCUAAAUUAAUCCCUGAAAAACAUUUAAAAUGGUGAAAAAUCUCCCGUUGAUAAAAUUAUUGAAAAACACGUUCCUGGAUCUGUCCCCUCAUCCAGAUCCGGACAGAGGUGAAAACAUAACUUGCUUGGCAGAGGACAUGAUUAUGAGGGAACCAACUCAGGAGGUGCUUCAGUCUCUUAAACCCGAUAACACCCAAUGUGAGUGUAUUGUGUGUCGGGGGAACUCAAACACAACACAACACACAUAUUCCAGUCAGAAAAGACCAGGCCACUGAUCUAUUCACGCUCUUUACCACUGGCUUGCUGCCAUGUGACCGAACCAUUUAGCAAGCUGCCUUUAAAAUACACUGUUGGCGUGAAUUGAGAGCUUCAGUCGGCAGUAAACCACUGAAGCAAUAAUGAUAACACAGAAAGUUGCUUAGUUAUGAACACGGCCUUGAAAAUCUCAAUAAACCCAUAUUGUACAUGUGACUAUA